AUGGCGCCUUUCCAAAGAGAUGAUAGAUUCUUCACCAAAGACUGGACUAUUACCCUUCCCUCUCGCCCGGAGCCCAACCUUAGAUUCAUCCGCUUGACACCCGCCGAGACAGCUGCAUUCAUACGCUUUGCAGAAGGAGCAAUUAUCCCACCAGCUCCGAAGAGCACCGAAGCCUCUCUUACCGAGCCUCGGGAUCCACCAAAGCCUAUCCCUGGAGAAAGGAUGCGGAGGAUGUAUGCCGAGUCCCGGACCCGACACCACGGUCUCGACGUAUAUAUGUCCUUAGAGGGCAGGUUUGUAGGUUGGGGAGGGGUAUUUGAGAUCACCGCCCCCGACGAGAAGCCGAGUGUCGCAAAUAUCGGUAUCAGACUAAGCCCUGAAGUCCAAGGGAAAGGAUUGGGAAAAGUGCUCAUGCAGGUCUUGCUGCGGUUGAGUAACGAAGUGGAUGCGGAUAUUAUUGAGGCGGGUACUAUGAAACAUAAUACGUCGAUGAGAGCUAUGGCGAAGAGCGUCGGCUUGGUUGAGACGGAUGAGAUUAAGGAGGUUCCUGGGCAGGGCGUCGUAGCUGAAUUACUGUUUAAGAACAUUGAGAGGGAAAAAUGGAGAGAUCUUGAUAUGGUGGUUGAGUUUAGGGAUCAGGUUGCAAGUGAGUGA